UCACCAUAUACACACAUAUAUCUAUCUAUCUAUCUAUCAAACCCGACCCGAGUCCCGAGUCCCAAGUGUGACUUGGUUUUUCAAACAUAGCCUCAUUCUCAUUCAUUCCCUAGUAUUCAGUCCCUAGCCAUUGUCUCUUAUUAGUAAUCUUACAUCCCCAGUUCCUUUCACAUCGUCUACAGAGUAGGUACCUGAAGAUGUAAUUGUCUCAUCCUCUCAAUAUCAAUAUCACCCGUCCGUUUCUCCUUUUUUCCUAUUCAAACUCUUCUUCGCAUACUCUUCUCUUCGAUAUAUCUAUCCAUCAUACAUUAUCAAAAGACAAUUCAUUCCUCACACAGAUCAUCAUCUUGCUUACCCCGCCAAAAAUAAAAAUAAUAAAAAAGAACCCAAUCAUCACACUCUUGCCACGAUAAGGAUUUCAAUCAAAUAUAAGAAAAGAAAAAGUUCCUUCAAGCUCUCUUCCUUGUAAUACCUGGUAUACCAACCUAAAACCAGCUGAAUAUUACCAACGAAAUCAUGGCUGUGCUCGCGCAGCUGAUUGCCAAGAGGCAAAGCAGUAACUUUGAUGAUGAUGUUGAUAAUAAUUGCGACUACUAUGGAAACUGUUAUUCUACAUGGGGUAGUUGGGGACGAUGGGUUGUACUGGUUCUCAUAAUUCUUGCCUUUGUUCUUCUGGCUUUCGGCUUAUCAUGCGUCAACUCUCGUCGUCGUCGUCGUCAAGGAAUCCAACCAAUGUAUGGUACAGGCUGGAUGGCCAAGCCACCUCCAUACGGUCAUUACAACAACCAACCUGGAGCUUACAACUAUGGUCCUCCUCCCCCCAUGUAUACUCCCAAUGGACAAAUCCCACCUCAACAAACGGGCAAUACUUUUAAUAGUAAUGAUGGAUAUUACGGACAUCAUGGUCAACAUGGUCAACCAGAUAUCGAAUUGCAACAACCACCAAAUGCCUACACGAGAGGUGGAGAUGAUGUUUAUCAAGCACCAAUGGGUCCGCCGCCUACAAAACACGCUUAAGAGGGAAUCAUUCGAUAAAUUCAGAUGAGAUAAAACUGAGACAUUCGUUGCUUUGGGAAGUCCGGGUUAUGGGCUACUUCGCUUGAGUAGUGGUGAGGCGAUAGGUGGGGAUUGCAAUUGUCAUGAUGCAGUUGCUACGACGGCCAAGUGAAAGGAGUAGGGGAUGAUGGGAAUGAUUAAAAGAAAUGAUGGAAUGGAUUUAGUCGUUACAAGCACAUUGACGUCGGUUGGGUUCGGGCUUGGGGUCGGCUUUGGUGCUUGGUAAUCUGUAAGGAAUGGAGUUUGGAACGGGUCUUACCAGUUUGGAGAUUUCCUAUCAAUCAAUGGCAAUGAAUCAAUGCAUAAUUCAGGGAUGAAGGGAUUGGAAAUGGUAAAUAAAUAGAAAUACACGAGUUAUUAUAUUCAGGUUGCAAAUGUGUGUUGUACUGUUUGAGUAAUGUGGGAUGAGAUCUUGAUUGUGAUUUCGAGCUCUGGCAUGUA